AUGUCUAAUCCAGGCUUUCACGUACCGGGACCAAAUCCUCACUUGGUUUCCCUUCUUCAAGGCAAACUUGGCUCAUUAGUUGGCAGAUCCUCAGGCUACAUUGAAAAUUUACCAGAGGACGUGAAACGCCGUAUAAAUGGCCUGAAAUAUCAUCAAUCAGAACACGCAAAAUUAGAAGCAAAAUUCCAGGAGGAAAUUCUGGCAUUGGAAAAGAAAUAUCUGGAGUUAUAUAAGCCCUUAUAUGAAAAACGAGCAGAGAUUGUACGUGGAGAGGUUGAACCGUCGGACCAAGAGGUUCAGGCUGGUGCAUCUAUUGAUGAAGAGGAAUCACAUCCUGAGGGGACCGCUGUUACUUCCACAAACGAGAAGGAAGAGACAUCAGGAAUUAUGAACGGACCACAGAAAGGCAUUCCUGAAUUUUGGCUUACAUCAAUGAAAAAUCUUAUAUCGAUUGCGGAUAUAAUUGAUGAACGAGACGAGGAUGCAUUAAAAUCUCUUGUUGAUAUUCGAAUGUCAUAUCUUGAGAAACCCGGAUUCCGUCUUGAAUUCGAAUUUGAAGAGAAUGCUUAUUUCACAAAUAAGAUCCUAGUAAAGACAUAUUAUUAUCAAGAGGAACCUGGUUAUGGUGGUGAUUUUGUGUAUGAUCAUGCCGAGGGUACUGAAAUUGAUUGGAAACCAAACAAAGAUCUCACAGUUAAAGUGGAAACGAAAAAGCAAAAACAUAAAGGAACCAAUAAAACACGAAUUAUAAAGACGACAGUACAAGCGGAAACAUUCUUUCGAUUUUUCAGUCCUCCGACAGUUCCGGAAAAUGACGAACAUGAAGACGAGGAUGAUAGUUUAGAUGAGCGUCUUGAACUCGACUAUCAGGUCGGCGAAGAUAUAAAAGAGAAACUUAUCCCUCGUGCUGUUGAUUGGUAUACUGGUAAAGCAUUAAAAUACGAGGAGAUUGUUGAUGAUCUUGAGGAAGGUGGUGACCUAGGUGUAAGUUAG